UCCAUCUGCUUUGACAUCUCGUCGACUCCCGCGUCCUACUAAAGCAAAUAACGAGGACAUUAUUCAAUCGCUAUUAGGUCUACCUACAGAACGAUUAUUUAUCAGGCUCGCGUGUGUUCUUGUUUUAGUGUUCCAUACCGAAACCUAGGAUUAGCUAGAUGACAAUUCGUUUUCCAAGGCACCCAAAGAGGUAGCCUGAUGCUAUGAGGGUGUUUUGACACAUCAAAGUGACGCGUGUGAUAUUAGUUGUUUAUCAGCAACAGGAAUCAAGGAUAUUCGUGAUGCAGUUUGUUACGUUUGAAGGCGGUUACAUUGAAACAAUGUAUCAGAAUGGCAUCACGUCUCGUGCCUGGGAAGCGAAUUGAUGAUGGAUUGUUGUUACAUUGUAGCUACCCGAUUGAAAAUAGUUUACUUCUUUUCGCGUGUUAUUGGUGAGCUAUUUUUCCAUUACGUGGAGAUGGUGAUUAUAUUUUUCCAGCGUGCCCUUCAUCGUCAUCAUUCGGCUCCUGUGUUCCAUUUUUGAAUUUCUUCGAGGCUGACACGUAUGCUACAGUAAGGACUUUAUCACAGAAUACACAAACAUGGGAACUCAGAUUACUGGCAGUGGAAGAAAAAGAAUCCCCAACAGGGAGAGACUGACCGCGGAGGACGAUGCCCUCAGUCAAAUUGCUCGAGAGGCUGAGGCGAGACUGGCAGCGAAGCGGGCGGCCAGAGCAGAGGCACGGGAGAUACGCAUGAAGGAACUGGAGAGACAGCAGAAAGAGGUGACACACACACACCUCUGCACGGUGAUCUCAGACGAUGAGGAACGGAUGUCGGUGGGGAGCCGAGGAAGCCUUAGGGUGGAGGAGAGAUCAGACAGGGACUUCCCGGAAAAGGGUUCCAGGACUGCCUCUACCCUCUCAGCAGCCACUCUAGCAUCGCUGGGCGGGCCCUCCUCUCGCAGAGGCAGCUGUGACACCUCUAUCUCAGUAGAGACAGAGGCCUCCAUUCGAGAGAUAAAGGACUCCCUGGUGGAGUCUGAGGAGAAGUACCGUAAGGCCAUGGUGUCCAACGCCCAGCUACACAACGAGAAGUCCAACCUCAUGUACCAGGUGGACACGCUGAAGGACUCGCUCAUUGAGCUGGAGGAGCAGCUGUACGAGUCUAAACGAGAGUACAACGACAAGGCCAAGGAGUUUGAGAGGGAGAGACACGCCCACAGUGUUCUGCAGCGCCAGUUUAACGAGAUGAGAGAGACGCUGAAACAGAGUGAAGAACUGCUAACCAAAAAUGGGAUAGUGCUGUCACCUGAAGUAACCACCAAUGGGGAUGCAGGACAGAUGAUUGACGGGCCUCUCAGUGCAGACUCUACCUCCCGAUUGGCUCAGCCAUCUCAUGGUGGGGAGAGCAUGCUUGAAGUCAGACUGAGGAAAAUAGUUGAUGAGAGGGAGAGUUUAGCUGAUCAGGUGAAGAGGCUGAAGUCUCAGCUGGAGGGGAAACAGAGGAACGGGACAGAGGGUUUGAGUCCUGAGGAGGACGGACUUGAGAACGGCAUGGACCCCCACAUCCUCGACUUACAGAGGGAUGCCAACCGGCAAAUCAGUGACCUCAAGUUUAAACUGGUGAAAUCAGAACAGGAAGUCACAGCCCUGGAACAGAAUAUCAUCCGGUUGGAGGGUCAGGUGACUCGUUACAAGUCGGCCUCUGAGAGCGCAGAGAAAGUAGAGGACGAGCUCAAAGUGGAGAAACGCAAGCUACAGAGAGAGCUGAGGUCUGCCCUGGACAGGAUUGAUGAGCUGGAGGCCAGUAACAGCCACCUGGCCAAGCGCCUGGAGAAGAUGAAGGCUAAUCGGAGCGCCCUAUUGGCCCAGCAGUGAUGUACUUAUUGGUUGUCAUGGCUAUUUGCAUCUCUGACCUCCCUAUGAUCUUUGAACUUUGAUCUAUCAGGCAUUCUAUUAACACACACCCAGAAAAUUCAAACCAAGCGAGGACUUGCUGGAGCAAAAGCUUCAAUGAAACAUAUCCACACAUAUUGUAAUCCCAGAUUCAUUCAGUGUUGUGCCCAUCUGUACAGUAUAUCCAGUGAUUCACCAAGAGACACAGAGGGAACGUGUUACUGACCCUGGGAACACUCCUCACUGACUGUGACCGAGGCUGGACUCCUCAACUAACUUGUGAAGGGGGAAUAUUCUGCACAAACGGACAGCAAAGAGGACCUAUCCUCCUCCAAUAGCUCUUAAGAGGACCUAUCCUCCUCCAAUAGCUCUUAAGAGGACCUAUCCUCUCAUAGCUCUUAUGUCGCCCUGUGCCAUGAUUACCCCUAAAGCAUUUCUUCCCAAUCAUUAAUCUCUCUCUGUUCUCUGUAACACGUGGCACUAUCUCUCUGUGCUACUUGGGGUCCAUGUCUGCUCCAGCAAGUUUAUCCAUCCACAGAGGAAGAAAGACUAAAAAGGAGUGUGUUUCAUGUAUAAUCUUUUUUUAUUGUCAAUAUAUUUUGAAAUGAAAAUGCACUCUGCUCCCUCCUGUCCCCCAAGCCAAAGUCUGAUGUUAAUGUGUAAGGUGAUGUUUAUUUUUAUGUUGUAUAUGUGUGUGUCUCCGUAGGUAUAUGUCAAGUACAUCAGAUGGGUGGAAAUACACAUGGCACAAUAUUAACUAAGCAAUAAGGCCCGAGGAGGUGUGGUAUAUGGCCAACAUACCACGGCUAAGAGCUAUUUGUUGGCCAUAUAUCACAAACCCCGAGGUGCCUUGCUAUUAUUAACGGGUUACCAACGUAAUUAGAGUAGUAAAAAUACAUGUUUUGUCAUAACCGUGGUAUACAACGGCUGUCAGCCAAUCAGCUUCCAGGGCUCGAACCACCCAGUUUAUAAUCAGGAUUAUCCUAUUCAUCUCAUUGUUUGUGCCACGUGAUGAAAAUUAUACUGGUACUUGAGGAAAAAUAUCACCAGCUUUUAACGUCUGAAAUACUAUGUCCUCCCUUGAGCAAUUUAAACGAGUCAUUGGGGAACGACAAUCAGUUGAAUAAUGUACUUCUACUGCAACAGUUGUGGAACGUAUCACAUCGGCUGUCGCAGUAACACCUGAUGUAAAUGUUCGACAAUCUGACAAACCAGAUCUCAUGCAGAUAAAAACAUCAGUUAUAUUCCGACAUAACGGGAAGUGUUUCCUUAUUAUCCUGCUCCUCAGUCUCAAGCAUUUCAUGCCUUAUUGAGGGGGAAGAAAGCAUUGUUGUUCACUUGUGUUUUGUGCAUUACGUUUCCCCUCCUACCCUCUAUACUUUAGUUGAGCUCGGACAUCUACUUUUUGGGGAACUUACAUCUGUUUACAUGCUUUAAAACUAUUGUUAUUUGUCCAUGAAUGAAGCUAAUUGUAAACAUUGUGCAAUAUUGGAAAUGUCUUUGGGAAGGUGAGGCUGUAUGGUCCUUGCUUUACUUGAGAAAUGUAGAGGAUGUUUGAGGUAGCAUUGACAUGCACCACAUUAAACUAAUGCAA